AUGGAGGAAGGAUCCCCUGGUGUCUUUCCCAAGCUUUCUCGUGUGACGAAGAGGGUUCGGGCUGCUGCAGAUUGCGAUUCUGAGUACGAUGUGGAGUCGGGUUCCAAUCCAAUUUCGAUGCAGGGGUUGAUGCAAGCAACUAAGAUGGAUCUGAGGCCAGAGUCUGAGCAUAUUUCUAGGCCGACGGCUGAUCUGGUGAAUGAAUCUAAUGGUAAUAUGAUGCCUAAUUUUUUACCUGGUAUUCAUAGCUUUCGUGAUAAAUUGAUGAAUAAAGUUAAUAUGACCAAAAAUGUGGGGAUUGCUAUUAACUGCUUGGAUACUGAUUAUGAGGGUUUGAAUGAUGAGGAUGAUGUGUUCAUUUCUCGUGGUGAGCGUGGGCCGAGUAUACAGUUCUCUGAUCGUGCUAUGGCUCGAUUUUGUGAACCUUGGAAAAAUGCUUUGAUCGUUAAGCUCCUUGGUCGCUCUCAUACUUAUAACUAUCUUCAUGAUCGCUUAGCUCAGAAAUGGAGUUUGGUGGGAGGGUGGAAGCUUAUUGACUUGGUGAAUGAUUAUUUUGUUGUGAGAUUUGAUCUGGAAGAGGACUUAAAUUUUGUGUUGACUGGAGGGCCUUGGAUGAUUGCGGGGCAAUACUUAACCAUACAACAAUGGCGGCCUGGUUUCUGCCCUUCUACUGCACACAUCACAAGAAUGGCUGCUUGGAUUCGAGUAUCUGCCAUGCAGCUUGAAUGUUUUGAUGUUUGGUCUCUUAAGAGGAUUGGCAACCUUCUUGGUAAAUUGCUGAAAAUUGAUUCGUUGACUACUUCGCAAAAUAGGGGUAAGUUUGCUCGUUUAUGUGUGGAGUUGGAUCUAACUAAACCCCUUGAUGCCUUUGUGCAAAUAAAUCAGAACUGGUACAAUAUUGAGUAUGAGGGAUUACCUGAUAUUUGCUAUCUAUGUGGGUGUUAUGGUCAUAAAAGGGAGAGUUGUACUCUGAAAUCUGUGAAUUUGUCCGAUGAGGCUGGGAAAGCUCAAGGUGCAGGAGUGGGACCUAUGAAUCAUGACUCUGUUGGGGUUACAGAAACUGUGAAGAUGGCUGAGGAUAGCUUGCGAGGCCCUUGGAUGAAUGUGCAACCUAGAAGGCGACCAAAAACUAUUCAUAAGGAUGUUCCUGGGCAGGGUUCUGGUGGAAGGAACAAAGGGUCUCGUUUUGAUGCUCUUAAUGAGAUUGGUGAAGAUUUUGACAUAAGUAGGCCCGAUAAUGUUAACCAAGUUCCGACGAGGGGUGUCCCUAUUUUUAAAUCUGUGGAGGAAGUUGGUCAGAAAGUUUGGACUAAGUCUAAACAUGCUAAAUCGGGUUCUAGGCCUGUUCUGAAUGAUAUCUCCAAUAAGAAUGUGCAAAAACUCUUUAAUAGUAAGGUAAUGGAUAAGAGUUCGGGCUCUUCUGAUAAGUUUACAAUGGGGGCUUCUCGACAUUCUCGUAAUCAAGUUGUUGGUGGUAGGAAGCCUUCUACUCUUAGUGCUGUCACUGAGCAUUUGGAGAGUUGGGGUGAUGGUCAGCAUAUUCAUCAAGAGAAAGGGGUUUAUAUUUUUGGGCAUCAACCUCCAAAUAUAACAACACAUUCGGAAUUUCAUGAUGAGGAUACUAUUCUUCAUGAGGAUGCUUCAGAGUAUGAUGAUGAUAAUGUUCUUGUGCCUAGAGGGAUUGAUCUGCUGGGGCAAGUUGCGAAGAUGGAUUUGGUUGAAGGCCAAACUAGCACUUCUGGUGGAAAUUUGACUAGUACUACCUUCAACACGGUUGAAGGUAUGGCUUUUGAUGCUUAA